GAGGAAGCAUGGAGCAGGUUAACAGAGUUUGGGUCCUUUUUCAGUCCUUAUUUCACACCCGUGGAUCCGGCAGGUCGUUUUUCUGUGCUUCGGCCACGCACGUCCUUGCGUUCCUUCUCGCCGUGGUCCUAUCUUCUUGUAGAGGAAUAAUGUUAGUGGAUACUGGACCAAAGAUCGUUGCCUUUGUCGGUGAAACUAUCCUCCUGCCCUGCAUCACCACCAUCAACAGUGAGGUGCCAACAGUGGAGUGGACUAAAGAGGGUCUGUUUCCAAACACUGCCUUCCUGUACCGGGAUGGAUGUGAGACCUUCGAGAUGAAGAAUCCAGUCUUUCAGUACAGAACAAACCUCAUCAUGCACAAACUUCACGACGGAAACCUGUCAAUGGUGAUAUCCAAUGUGCAGCUAAAUGACAGUGGAAACUACCAGUGUGCAAUUCGGAGGAACAGGAAAAAGAAAGUCAUCACAAGGCUGGAGCUGUUUGUAGGUGCCGUUUCUGAGCCGAAACUCUAUGUUGUUCCUGGUGUUGGAGGAGGACUGACUCUGCAGUGUGAGGCCAAGUGCUGGUUCCCUGAGCCUAGGAUUACAUUUCUUGACAAUCAGGGAAAUGAGAUCAGUGCUGAAGACCCAAAGAGAGAUGGAAACUCCCCAGGGUGUCUGACAGUUACAAGAAGAGUGACUUUGCAUACUGCUACCAACAGGGUCAUCUGCAGAGUCCAGCAGCCUGAGAUAAACCAGAUUAGGGACUCAGAGUUUUACAUACCGGAUGAAUACCUGAGAUCCUGCACUCUAAACAUCGUAAUCAGCGUUGCAGUGACGAUCCUUUUAGUCACAAUCACCUGUGCACUCGUAUACUUUAUUGUCAAGCGCUGUUGCUCCUCCGUUGGAGGACAGAAACCGAGUGUUAAUGGAGAGAGCAUCCACCAGCUACCGAAUGAGAUGAAUGAAAGCACACCCAGUCCGGACACACCCCCCAGCGAGUCAUCAAAUGACUCCACAUCCUCACCAGGUAUCUUAAAUCCCAGUAAUCCAUCAAGACAAAAGUCUCCUCAAAGCAACAACAACCUCAAACCAGAGACUUCAACCAGCAGCAGCCGUCCAAACUCUGACAGAUUAUCAAAGACCACAGGAGGAGAUUCAGAACCUGCCGGUUCAACACAAUAUGCAGCAGCCAGCUCUCAGACGGAAAGAAGCAGUCAAGACAGCAAUUCUGCUCUUUCAACAAACAGCGACGAUGUGUUUUCCACUUCUCCUUCACACUCAAAAGAGCUUCCUUUUGUCUCAAACGCGCGUCGUGGAAGCACUGCACGGCCUCAGCGCAGACAUACGCACUCUCCAGAAGCAGAGCCGCUCAUCUCGAUCUAGAGUGGAACUGAAAUACGAGGAUGUGGCAACUUUUACAACUGGACAAAAAGAAAGUAAAAUGCUGAUGUCAGCUGACAGUCAAAGGAGAGUCGGGCAUGCAGUUCGAGUUUUACUUUCUGUCGACUGAUUUUUCAGUCAUGUUUAAUCAUUCAGCAGAGACGGCUGGAUACAGUCCAUUUUUAAUAUAUUCCAUAACACAUAGUCUAAAAAGUAGUAGUAAGUAAAUGCUUUCAUGUUAAUAUAUGGUAUCAUUUUCUGACUCACUAGUAGCACUGAAUAACUAUUAUCUUCACAUGGUUAUCUUGGUGUGUCAGUAUGACGCUGCCUGAGCGCUCGUCAAGAUAAACCUCCAACACAGAUGGUAGGUUAGAGGUAGAUGUAUUAUUUUAUGAUUCUUUAAUAAUCAAGCUAACGGGACUUUUGAAAUAAGCUUUUUCCUUAUUUUUUGUUUCUUCAACUCCCUAAAAACAACAACAAGAACUUUCUUGUUUUGUUAUUUUGCACUUUUCUCAUGUUGUUCUUUUUUGCACAGUUGUUUCUGUGAUUUUACUGGGAGGGCUGUGUAAGGUCUUCUUACUGCUAAUCCUACAUAUCAACAUCAGCUUUACCAUUUAUUAGACCCUUGAAACUUGGAAGCUUUAAAGCUAACUUUAUUCCACUUUGAACUACCUUAAGAUUGUGAUUUUGUGAUUUUCAAUAAUAUUUGUUAUGGAGUUUUUACAGGUUUAUUAUAUAGUUCUUUUUAUUUUCUGGUUGUGUAAAAUGAGCCUUAAGAAUAAACUAUUUUGGCUU